AUGACGACUCCUCGAGGCAAGUCCACUCCGGAGGCGUCCCCUCGCAGCCAGAGCCAGCGCCCAGCGAGCAUGCCCAUGAGCGCCCGCUCAACGCGGCUGGCUGGUGCCAGCAUGGUCGAGCAGAGCUCAGAGUACAGACAGCAUUUCAAAGAGAACCAGAACUGCUACGCGUCCAUGAGCAAGAAGCCUCUGACGCCGUACCACCCGAACGCCUUCCGGAGCCGCCUCAUGGAGCCCAGUUUCAAGCCCCCGAUGAAGAACGAGUCCAGCAUCGUCUUCGACAGCGGUAUGCAUUACUGCCACAAGAGACGGUUCACGACCACGCACAAGGCGAACUACCUAGGUGGCCCGAUCGACGUCUGCACGAACCAAGGCAUCCUCUCGAACAGGUACGUGAUCCAGCGCGACGCGCAGCAGAAGUGA